AUGGCAAACUCAAAUUUUGCUUGCAAGCUCGAGUUUCUCCUUGGUGACUAUUUCAUCGGAGCUCGUCAAUGUGUAGAGGCAUAUUUGAACGGGACAACUUACUCGGAAGACUUUGGUGGGACCGUUCGAGUGCAGCUCAAGAAUAAUAAGAAAAUAUUUAACAACUGGAAAGUCGAGUUUCGAACGCUUCGACUUCCCCCUGAUACGACUCAAUACCGGACUUCGAAUGAUAAUGUACACGAGCAAAUAUACACAGUCGAGUUCACUUUUCCUCUGCAGCUCUUCAAUAACCAAAUGGAGUUGAUCUCGGUUCACUCGAACCCCUUCGCCAUCUGCGUCCAUGGAACUCAAGAAGCCAAAGCGCUUACUUCAUUUCAAUCAGAGCAAAUGAUGAUGGAAUUCAACGAUUCGACUCUCGUUUCGUGGGUCAGUUUUAACAGAUUACAGAUGAACACGUCCAAUGGCAGGUUCACAUUUUGGACUUGGUUCUACGGUUCAGUAGAAAUUCUGAAAAACAGCGAAAUUUCGAAAAUGUGGAACGAUGGGCUUUUGAUCGGUUACCUGAGCAAAUUCCACACCCAGGAGGCAUUGACCGUCGCGGCACAGAAUAACUUUUAUGGUACAAUGAUUUUACGAUUCUCGGACAGUAUGGUUGGCGGCCUAAGCGCUUCUGUGGUCAAUUGCGGUAUUCAACACGUCAACCCUUGGACGAAAAAAGAUAUUCAAGAAAAAUCAUUCGUCAAAUUUAUUCGCCAAGAAAACAACAUGGAGUACAUCUUUCAUAUUCGAACUCUUGAGCGAUUUUUUCAAGGACAAGAUCUUGCACUGAUGCAGUGCAAGAAAGAAAAUGUUUUGAAUAUAAGAAGAUAUCCUGUUACAAAUAUGAACCUCCAACUUCCGAAAAUUCCUGAAGGCUACUGCUGA